AUGGCUACCGCGAACGUCAAGAAACAGCCACCCACCCCCACAACGUCUAGCCCUGCCCGAUCUUAUAAACCUCCGGGUGCUGCCCGUUCCUCUAUUCCUUCCGUCAGAUCAAAUACCCCUUCCAAGGAAAGAGAUACCAUCCAUCAUUCUACUACCGAUAAGAAACCCGGAACUCCUACUACUACUUCACCUGCUACCAGGACUGGUAGUCCCUUCAGCGCUAAAGCUGUUGCUCGACGAUCAACCAUCAUUACUUCUCCGACAUCCGACCUUACCGAUUCACAACUAGAGAACGCUGUAGCGAUGGAAGACCUUAAGAAGAAGGUUGCAGAGACCGAAGCGAAGAACUUGGCUAUGGAGGAAGACUUUGCGAAACAAAUCAAGGCUUUGCAGGCAAGGAUUGAUGAAGCUUCAGCCGAACAGAGCAAACUCGAGGAUCAGCUCGCCGGUAGGACCGAUGCUGCCGAAACUCUCGAAAACGACCUCAAGGAACUACAACGUGCGAAGAGAGAUCAGGAGAAGCUAUUCGAAGCUGAGCGAACUGCCUUCAUGACCGAAAAGGACGAAAUGUCCGAGAAAGAGGAGGCGCAGACUCAAAUCAUUCAGCGACUCAAGCAAGCAUUGAACUCGAGAGAUAAACCUUCCUCUGACGUUCCGGAUACUGUCGAAGCUAAAGAAGAAGAUGUUCCCAUCGUUUCCCCACGAUCCACAGGCACAGGACAAAAAGAUAAGAUAAUUGAAUCCCUACGAAUCGAGCUCGCUGAAGCCCAGACCCGAUUUUCGGAAGCUUUGAAGCUCGAGGAACGCAAGUUCCAGGAUGCCACCGACCAGCUUGCCGAGUUGCGUAAGAGCAACGCGAAGCUGCAGGACGAAAAUGAGAGCUUCCAGCUCUUGCUUGGACAGGCGACCAUGAACGGAGACAUUAGGAAUGGAUUCCUCGGACAACACAUCGAGGAUUCCGAUUCGUCGUCGCAAACCAAGCAGGAAAGCCUCGGCUCUACUCUUGCGGAAGAAAUCGAGUCGGCGAGCCAGAAGGAGGAACAAGAUGACUACAAGAAGCUUGAGAAUGAGAUCAAGUCGUUGAAGGAUCAGAAUAAGGCGAUGACAUUAUAUAUUAAUACUAUGAUUGAACGCCUGCUGGACUCCAACCAGGAGAACAUUCUUGACCGGACCCCGGCCAAUGAGAAGGCACUUCCACCGGUCCCACAGGAGAGCCUACCACCAGUCAUCCCACAACGAUCCAAGUCUAUCUUUGUCAAGCGCCCACCAAUCCGCGCCAGCAUGCCACCACCGCCAAGAAGCACUGGUGUCGAGGAGGAUGAUAUGAUCAGCCCAAUCACUAGAAGACAGACGAUGCACAUUACUAGCUCUACUUUCACGCCUGGACAUAGGAGGUCACAGUCCGACACAAAGAGCCCUACAUCGCCGCCCGCUAACUACAGUUUGGUUAACCCCAUGUACCGAAUGGACGGAGACAGCAGCCCACCUGCCAAGACAACCUUCUAUACCGGCCCGAGAUUUGGAAACGGCCCGUUGUCGCCUGGUGCUAGGGGUCCAGCUUCUUCAUCGAACUCCUCGGAGAGUGGAGAGGCUACUCCUAGGGAUCCCAACGAUCCUAACCACCACACUUUGAGUGGACAGAUGACCGGUAAGACAUUGAGGCCAUUGAGGCUCGUUGAAGGCCCCGCGCCACCAAAGCCGUCCACUCCAAGGAAUGUUUCUGGGAACCGUACAAGCUGGAUGGGUGGAUGGUUCAGCAAGGGCGGAGCAGGUGGAGUACCAAAUGGAGUUGAGGAUCCAGCAAAGCCUUUGACUCCAGCCGCAUCGACCAGCAGUGUUGAGUAA